UGGAGGCCUCUGCAUAAAAACGACCGAGACGCUUAAAACGGGAACCGGAAGUGCACUUGUCUCCCUUUUUUCUCUAUGGUUGAUUGGAGGAAAGCGAGGGAGAGCGUUGAUGCUGAAGCCGUUUUUGUCAUGCGGUUUCGAGCGAAGAUUAUAGACGUGGGAUGUCUCAAUCAUUUCAGUCGUGUGAUAAACACAAUUGCUAAAUUAGCUAAAACUUGCAUCCUGCGGCUUACUUUGGAUAAACUUUACUUUAUCCUCAAUGACAAAGUGGCAAAUGGUGGUGUUAGCAUGUGGUGUGAGCUUAACCAGAUGAACUUCUUUGAUGAAUUCCAGAUGGAGGGUGUCUCUGCAGAAAAUAAUGAAAUUUACUUAGAACUGGCACCUGAAAACCUCUCCAGGGCUUUUAAAACUGCUCAAAAUGCCAAGACAGUGAAAAUCAAAUUGACUAAUAAACAGUGUCCUUGCCUUACAGUAGCCAUGGAGCUGCCUUCCUUGUCAACCAGUAGCCGCAUUGUGACUCAUGACAUUCCUGUAGGAGUUAUUCCCAGAAAACUGUGGAAUGACUUCAGAGAACCCAGUGUGCCCAACUUCGAUGUCAGUAUUUAUUUACCUGUGCUGAAGACAAUGAAAUGUGUUGUGGAAAGAAUGAAAAAUAUCAGCAGUUCUGUUGUAAUAGAAGCAAAUCUAAAUGGAGAGAUGGAAUUGAAAAUAGAAACUGAUCUAGUGUGUAUUACAACUCACUUUAGAGACCUUGGAAAUCCUCCCUGGGUAUCUUGGGAUGAUUCUCAAAACUCUACUCACGAAAGAGACCCUAUGAAUAUGGCUGAGGCACGCAUUGAUAUUAAGAGACUUCUCCAGUUCCUUGCAGGGCAACAAGUCAACCCCACAAAAGCACUGUGUAAUAUUGCAAGUAACAGAAUUGUUCAUUUCAUCUUACUACAUGAGGACGUCUCUCUUCAAUAUUUCAUUCCAGCCCUCGCAUGAAUUGAAAAGUCAUUCCAGCAUAUCCUCAAGUUGUUGAAAUAGAUUAAAAAGAAUGAAGGGAAAGAUGCUCUCUGUCUUAUUAAAAUUGUAGCCAAUUUACUCUCUCUUUCUGAGUGGAUGGAAUAUUAUUUAAAAAUCAUGCAGAGAAUGUGGGAAGAGAAUAAGAACAGAAUUAAAGAAAUAAAUCAUUUGUUUUUACCUAUUUAGGAAUGAUGAUCUUUUCAAAAUCUCAUUUUAAGUUACGAAAACACAGAUGUUUUGAAACUACUGUCAAAUAGCUAUCUCUAGGAUAUGUGAUUUUUAGUAGAAAGUGCUUGGAAAAAUAUCUUGGAAAAAUAAUGAACUCUUAUCUAAUAGAUUCAAUUAAGCAUUGACCUAGAUAGCUAAAUACUGUGUAGAUUUAAUGUUUUGAUGAUGAUAUCGUAUAAAUGAAGCAAAUUACAUCAUAAUAUUUGCAUGCAACAAAUGUAUUACGUGGAAUAAAUAUCUGUUCCAAUGUAUGCAAAAGAUGUAAAUUGCAGCAACAAAAUUAUAUACUGCAUGCAAGUCCAUUAUAUCAAAUUUUGAUUUUAUAAAGCUUAUAAACUAAAUAAACAUAUAUAAAUUUAUAAACACAUUUCAAAUAAGCAUAGGUAACUAAUCAUUUAGGAUAAAUCCAUAUGGAUAGUCAUACAUAUUUAUGCACUAACCUUAAACAUUACAAAGUGAAGCAAUCAAGGGAUGAAAUAAACUUUACAGAAAUUCCUGAAGUUGGAUUUGACAGUUGAUUCCUAGGUAAGAGUGUAAUUAUUGUAGAUGGCAGUGAUGGGCAGCAGCCUUACAUCACAACAGAUAAAAACAGUUGUGUGCCAUGGGAGAAAGAAGUGAAAGAGAGCUAAAGUUCAAGCAAAGUUAAGUAAAGUAAAAGAAGCAAAUGAUGAGAAGAAAAGGACAAUGAAAGAAUUGGUGCUGCACAACUGACAGACAAAAGCAACGACCCAGCAUGAUGGUUCAGAAAGGGGGGAGAAGGAAGAAGAAAAAUAAAGUUAAGCAAAGUUAAGUAAAAGUUAAAGAGGAAAAGGAAAAGAAACAACAGAAGGAAGGAAGGAAGGGAGAAAAGAAGAUGGGGAAAAGAUGGCGGGGUAUACAACUGGUGUUUGGCUCAAUCAAUGCAGGUGGCAUUGCAGUCAAUAUGUACAGUUCGUGGCAGUGGUGUUGGGCAAUGUUGACAGCAAUUAUGGGCACAACUAACAUGCACCUAGGAGCAUUGCCAAUGAGUGUAAAUAGUGAUUUAUGCAGCAGACAGUAGCGCAAAGUGGCAUGCACAACUGGCAGCAAAGGUGAAAGGUAGAAGACGCAGUGAAGUGCUUAGCUUAGAGAAGAGGAAAAGUAAAGUUAAAGAAGCAAAGGAAGAAGAAAGGUGGAGAAAGAAGGAGAGAGAAGGAAUGGCAUCAGGACUACAGCACUAGCUACAAGAGAGAAUUCAACAUUAGCAACAAGAAUGAGCAAAUGAUUAAUUUUUAAGUAUUAUUUCAACAUUAACCCGAAGAAGA